CUAAAUCUUCACAAAUAUUCAUGUUGCAGACCAAACCUGGACCACCCAAAAAGCCAAAGACCCCUUCUGGACAGUCAGCCUUGGUGUAUUGCUACAACUGCGGACAAGAAGGCCAUUACGGACAUGAAUGUACAGAAAGACGAAUGUUUAACCAGACCUUUCCAACAUCUCCAUUCAUCUACUACUAUGAUGACAAAUACGAAAUCCGGGAGAGAGAUCAGAGAAUAAAACGAAAAAUGAAAGAACUCCAGAAGAAUGGGGACUUUCCAAGGCAGUUCAAGAGGCCUCAUAUGGAAGCAGCAGAUAAGAGGCCCCACUGUGAUAUGAGGAAGAGCCAUGCCUCAUGGAGAAAUAACACAUGGCCUCAAGAAAAGAAAGAAACCCAAAAAGAAGCCAUGAACAGGACCAGCAGAGAGCGUGAGAAGCACAGGAAGGCUGACAGGUGUCAUGAAGUGGAUGAGGACUACCCCAGGGGCCCCAGAGUCCACUCUUCUCCUGGCACUGUCAAAACCCAGAAGCCUCACAAGCCCUUUCACCACUCAUCGCAUUACCACAAGCCAAGAGAAGACAGGCUGCCCAGAGAGGGCAGGAGGGUCAGGCAUAAGAAAAAGGAGAGCUGUUGGGAGGAUGAUGGCAAUGAUAAUUUAUUUCUCAUUAAGCAGAGGAAAAAAAAGUCUAAGCUGUGAGUUAGCUUCUGAUUUGGCUUCCCAGUGUUUGGUCUUCAUGUCUACAACAUCCUGGCAAUAUUUGUAUUAUCUAUGAUUAAAUAAAAUGAGGUUUUUGUUUUUGUUUUUUUAAUCUCAGCCAUACCUAGAGCUACUGAACAAAGUCCUUGGAGAUCUCAGUUCUCUGUGUCCAACAGGUUGUUAGGUAAGAAAACAGAAAGAUAAACUCGGACUUCCCCUGUUCCAGGACGUCAUUUUUAUUCACUCAGUACCCUAGGGAUAGGAAGAAUUAAUCUUUUCACAAAAAAAUUUUUUUUAAUAUUUUGAAAAAAUAGAAAAGCUCAUUAAAUGUAUGCAAUGUAUGAAAAUUAAAUCCUUGCAAGAAGAUAAAUUAAUGCUAAUAUGAAAAAUUCAUCACUCUUUUUCGGCAUUCCUUUUUUUUUUAAUAUCGGAAAGGAUAAUAACUAUAUAUCUAAAUCUGGGUUUUCUUGCUUCUGAAGCUGGUAUCAGAAUCUUACUUUGGUCAGAGUAUCACAGGCUGAAAAUGAAGGUGUCGUCAUUGAAGCACUGAAGAGACAGGGAAUUAGGUUUUAGAGCAAAAUACAAGUAAGGAAUCCAUCCAGAGUAAAUGUUGAGAAACAGAUUUCCUGAAACAAGUGAAAAGAGUCAUCAAAAUUUUUAACUUAAUCACAAGGAAAUCAUUUUUACCAUUUUUACAGCCAUACUUGAGGAAGACUGUCCCUCACAUAUUUAAGAUGAAUAUCAUCCAACUUAAAAAAUUGUUUUGUUCUCAUGGGUUUUUUAACUACCACAGAGUUAUACAGAAAUUUUUAUACUUGUGAACCUUUUGUACUUAUCAGAGCCUAAUGUUAGAAUAAGAAAAAUAAAAUGUCUGAAAUAGAAUAAAUAAAUUUGUCUACUAUGUAAAAAGACAAUGAGAGUUUGAGUAGUGACAAAGGGCGUACUUGGGUUGGACAAGUGACUAAAGUUAUAAAAUAUCUAUAAACUGGGGUCAAAUGCCCUCACUGUGCCCAAGCACUAGCUUUAUGCCAGAAUAAAAUGAGAUGGAGAAACAAAAUGUUUCUCCAUGUUCUCCAACAAUUGGAAUCUUAAAUUUGUGUUUUACUCUUUGUGGAGUACACAGUCCGCUGUAUAUCUGGUAGGAUUAGCUCUUUUCUUUUGGAGGGCAAGGGAGAAUCUCUUCUCUAGAAUCAGACUUAGUGUCUUUAGUUUACCACCUUCCCUGUGGCUGCCCAGCUUUCAGCUAAGUGCCAAGCGUUCGUUGUGUUGGUGGUUGGCUUCCUAACAUCUACUGGGAUUGUUCUGACCCUAAGGUAAGUGGGCACAGUCUUUUAAUACCCUGCUAAAAGUGGCAGCCAUGAAAAAUGGCUUCAUAGAGUGGUAAGCCUUGAGAUAAUUGGCAUUAUUUCUCAGUAGAACCUGGGACAGGUGUGGCUUAUUACUGAUGUGGUGUGACUAGCAUUCCUUCAUAUCUGAGGACCUCUGCUUUCAGGGCAGAAAUGGGAUUGCCUUUCAUACUUAGAAAAUUGUUUGGAGGAGGGAAGAAACGAAGCUCUUCUUCUAUUUGUUUCUGCACAUUACCUUCUUUUUCCUCCCAAAUUUUAUUUUUUUUAAUUAGACAAACAUUUUGUUCUGGGGUGUAAUUUACCCUUCAGGUCCAUGCAUUUAUAUGCAGAUAGGAAAGGAGGCUGAGCUACUUCACUUUGGGGCAUUAGGAUGAUAAGGAAAGAACAGAAGCACAAAAGGAGCUUCUGCUCCAUUUCCUCUUCAUUGCCCUUGGCACCUGGCUCUUACACCAAGUGUUCAGUUAGUCAGUCUACUCACACACUAACUUUCCAUACAAGAACGGGGAGUUUAAAAUAUUUAGUGAUUUGACAAUCAAAUAAGACUUUAAAUGGAUAAAUGUGGUUAAGAGAAAAGGAGAUGUCCCAAACCAUAAGGAUCCACAUAGUUGCUAAGAUUGAGAAGACUCUAAACAUCUUUUGCCUCUGGUCCCACUUUGAUUAGAAACAGCCUGAGUAGCUCCUUUCCUGGGUUCUAACUUGAUUCAUGUUUGGCAUUCUUAGAAUAGAGCACAGAGAAACUGUCUCCAACUUUCUCAAUGGAAAGCCUUGCUUUCAUGGACCAUGCUACUGGCAGUGCCUAUUAUUUCAGAACCAUGCUAUUAACAGUGCUUAUUAUCAGCUCUUUAUGUUAUACAAGGAGUACAUAUUCUUUUUAAGGGGGAAAAAUAUUUUAAAAAAUUUUUUCUAGUUACCAUCUGUCAUCAUACAAAGUUAUUACAAUAUUAUUGACUAUACUCACCAUACUGUACAUUUCAUCCCCAUGACUCAUUUAUUUUUUAACUGGAAGUUUAUACCUUUUUUUUUAAUUGAAUUAUAAUUGACUUACAGAUUAUAUUAGUUUUAGGUAUACAGCAUAAUGUAUAAAGUGAUUCAGUACUUUAUACAUUACAAAAUUAUCACCACGAUAAGUCUACUUACCAUCUGUCACCAUGCAAAGUUAUUACAAUAUUAUUGACUAUGUUCCCUACGGUGUACAUUACAUCCCUGUGAUUUAUUUAUUUUAUAACUGGAAGUUUGUACCUCUUAAUCUCCCUCAUCUAUUUCAUUCAUUCCCCCCACCUCUCUCCCCUCUGACAAUCACCAGUUUGUUCUCUGUCUAUGAGUCUGUUUAUGCUUUAUUAUGCCUAUUUCUUUGUUUUGUUUUUUAUUCCACAUAUAAGUGAAAUCAUAUGGUAUUCAUCUUCCUCUGUCAUUUAUUUCACUUAGCAUGAAACCCUCUAGGUCAAUCUGUAUUGUUGCAAAUGACAAGAUUUCAUUCUUUUUUUAUGACUGAGUAAUAUUCCAGUGUGUGUGUGUGUGUGUGUGUGUGUGUGUGUGUGUGUGUGUGUGUGUAUCACAUCUUUAUCCAUUCAUCUAUUCAUGGGUACUUAGGUUGCUUCCAUAUCUUGGCUCUUGUAAAUAAUGUUGCACUGAACAUAGUGUUUUCGAAUUAGUGUUUUUGUUUUCUUUAGAAAAAGAUCCAGAAGAGGGGAAUUCCCUAACAGUCCAGUGGUUAGGACCCCUCGCAUUCACUGCCAAGGGCCUGGGUUCAAUCCCUAGUAGAGGAACUAAGAUCCCACAAGCCGCGUGGUGCAGCCAAAAAAAAAAAAAGAAAAUACCCAGAAGUGGAAUUGCUGGAUCAUAUAGUAGUUCUAUCUUCAAUUUUUUAAGGAACCUCCAUGCUGUUUUCCAUAGGGGCUAUACCAAUUUACAUUCCCAUCAACAGUGCAUGAGAGUUCCCUUUUUUCCCACAUCCUUGCCAACAACUUGUUAUUUCUUAUCUUUCUGAUAAUAGCUAUUGUGACAGGUGUGAGGUGAUAUCUCAUUGUGGUCUUGAUUUGCAUUUCCCUGACGAUUAGUGAUGUUGAGCAUCUUUUAAUGUGCCUGUUGGCCAUCUGUAGAUCUUCUUUGGAAAAAUGUCUAUUCAAGUCCUCUGCCUAUUUUUUAAUCGGGUUUUUUUUUUUUGAUAUUGAGUUGUAUGAGUUCUUUCUAUAUCUUAGAUACUAACCCCUUAUCUAAUAUAUCAUUUACAAAUAUCUUCUCCCAAUCAGUAGGUGGCCUUUUUGUUUUGUUGAUAGUAGCUUCCUUUGCUGUGCAGAAGUUUAUUAGUUUGAUGCAGUCCCACUUGUUUAUUUUUUGCUUUUGUUUCCCUUACUGAGACGACAUCCAAAAAAAUAUGGCUAAAUGACAAAGAGCAUGCUGCCUAUGUUUUCUUCUAGAAGUUUUACAGUUUCAGGUCUUAUAUUUAACUGGUUAAUCUAUUUUGAGUUUAUUUUUGUAUAUCAUGUGAGAAAGUGGUCCAGUUUGAUUCUUUUCCAUGUAGCUGUUCAGUUUUCCCAACACCAUUUAUUGAAGAGGCUGUCUUUUCCCCAUUGUAUAUUCUUGCCUCCUUUAUCGUAGAUUAAUUGACCAUGUAAAUGUGGGUUCAUUUAUGGGCACUCUCUUCUGUUCCAUUGAUCUGUGUGUCCGUUUUUGUGCCAGUACUCUACUGUUUUGAUCACUGUAGCUUUGCACUAUAGUUUGAAAUCAGUGAGCAUGAUACCUCCAGCUUUGUUGUUCUUUCUCAAGAUGGUUUUGGCUAUUUGGGGUCUUUUGUGUUUCCAUAUAAAUUUUAGAAUUAUUUGUUCUAGUUCUGUGAAAAAUGGCAUUGGUAUUUUGAUAGGGAUUACAAUCUGUAGAUUGCCUUAGGUAGUAUGGUCAGUUUAACAAUAUUAAUUCUUCUGAUCCAUAAGCACAGUAUAUAUUUCCAUUUGUUUGUGUCAUCUUUAGUUUCCUUCAUCAGUGUCUCAGAGUUUUCCAAGCACAAGUCUUUUACCUCCUUGGUUAGGUAUAUUCCUAGGUAUUUUAUUCUUUUUGAUACAGUUUUAAAUGGGAUUGUUUUCUUAAUUUCUCUUUCUGAUAGUUCAUUGUUAGUAUAUAGGAACACAAAAGAUUUCUGUAUAUUAAUUUGUAUCUUACAACUUUACUGAAUUCAUUUAGUAGUUCUAAUAGUUUUUUGGUGGCAUUGUUAGGAUUUUCUGGGUAUAGUAUCAUAUCGUCUGCAAACAGUAACAAGUUUUACUUCCUUUUCAAUCUAGGUUCCUUUUAUUUCUUUUUCUUGUCUGACUGCUGUGGCUAGGACUUCUAGUACUGUGUUGAGUAGAAGUGGCAAGAGUGGGCAUCCUUGUCUUUGUCCUGAUCUUAGAGGAGAUGCUUUCAGGUUUUCACUGUUCAGUAUGAUGUUAGCUGUGGGCUUGUCAUAUGUGGCCUUUAUUAUGUUAUGUUCCCUCUAUACUCACUUUGUGGAGAUUCCCUGGUGGUCCAGUGGUUAGGAUUCAGCACUUUCACUGCCAGGGCCUGGGUUCAAUCCCUGGUUGGGGAACUAAGAUCCUGCAAGCUGCGUGACGUGGCCAAAAAUAGAUAAAUAAAUAAGUAAAUGUUAAAUUUUGUCAAAAGCUUUUUCUGCAUCUGUUAUAUGAUUUUUAUUCUUCAAUUUGUUAAUGUAGUGUAUCGCAUUGAUUAAUUUGUGGGUGUUGAACCAUGCUUGAAUCCUGGGAUAAAUCCCACUUGAUCAUGAUGUAUGAUCCUUUUAAUGUACUGUUGAAUUUGGUUUGCUAAUAUUUUUUGUUGAGGAUUUUUGCAUCUGUGUUCAUCAGUGAUAUUGGCCUGUAAUUUUCUUUUUAUUGUGGUGUCUUUGGUUUUGGUAUCAGGGUGAUGCUGGCCUCAUAGAAUGAGUUCAGAAGCAUUUCUUCCUCUUUAGUUUUUUGGAAUAGUUUGAUAAGGAUAGGUGUUAACUCUUCUUUAAAUGUUUGGUAGAAUUCACCUGUAAAGCUAUCUGAUCCUGGACUUUUGUUUGUUGGGAGUUUAGGUUUUUUUGUUUUUUUGUUUUGUUUUUUUUAUUACUGAUUCAAUUUCAUUACUGGUAAUUGGUCUAUUGGUCUGUCAUAUUUUUGAUUUCUUUCUGAUUCAGUCUUGGGAGAUUAUAUAUUUCUAGCAGUUUAUUCAUUUCUUCUAGGUUGUCCAUUUUAUUGGCAUAUAAUUGUUUAUGUUAAUCUCUUAUGAUCCUUUGUAUUUUGAUGAUGUCAGUUAUAACUUCUCUUUCUGAUUUCCUCUCUUUUUUUCUUGAUGAAUGUGGCUAAAGUUUAUCAAUUUUGUUUAUCUUUCUUAGUUCUUAGUUUCAUUGAUCAUUUCUAUUGUUUUUUGGUCUCUAUAUCAUUUAUUUCUGCUCUGAUCUUUAUUAUUUCUUUUAGUCUACUAACUCUGGGUUUUGUUUGUUCUUUUUCUAGUUCCUUUAGAUGUAAGGUUAGGUUGUUUAUUUGAGAUUUUUCUUGUUUCCUGAGGUAGGCUUGUACCACUAUACACUUCCCUCUUAGAACUGCUUUUGCUGCAUCCCAUAGAUUUUUGUAUCAUUUUGUUUCCAUUUUCAUUUAACUCCAGGUAUUUUUAAACUUCCUCUGAUUUCUUCAGUGAUCCACUGGCUGUUCAGUAGCAUAUUGUUUAGCCUCCACAUGUUUGUGUUUUUUGCAGUUUUCUUGUAGGUGAUUUUUAGUCUCAUACCAUUGUGGUCAGAAAAGAUACUUGUAUGGCUUAAGUCUUCUUAAAUGUAAUGAGACUUGUUUUGUGGCCUAGCAUGUGAUUUAUCUUGAAGAGUGUUCUGUGUGCACUUUAUUUUUUUUCCCCCACCCCCCAUGUGCACUUUAAGAGAAUGUGUAUUCUGCUGCUUUUGGAGGUAAAGUUUUAUACAUACUCACACGCACACACACACACACACACACAUAUAUCAUAUAUAUAUAUAUAUAUCUGAUCUAAGGUGUCAUUUAAGGCCAGUGCUUCCUUAUUGAUUUUCUGUCUGGAUGAUCUCUCCACCAAUGUAAGUGGGGUGUUAAAGUCCUCUACUAUUAUUUUCAAAUUCUCCCUUUAUGUUUGUUAAUAUUUGCUUUAUGUAUUUAGAUGCUUCUAUGUUGGGUGCAUAUAUAUUUACAAUUGUAUAUCUUCUUGUUGGCUAGAUCUCUUUAUCAUUAUAUAGUGUUCUUCUUUGUCUCUCAUUACAGUCUCAAUACAGUCUAUUUUGUCUGAUGUAAGUAUUGCUACCAAAGGGGGAAAAUGUUUUUAACAUAAAAAUCAUACUUAAUUCUUCUACCCAAAGAUAUGAUUAAAAUUCUUAGUGUCUGUCUGUCCACGCUUUUUUCUAUACAUAAAUAUAUUGUUUUGUAGCCUGUUUUUCCACUUAAUAAUGAAAAUCUUUCUUUCUGAUCAAACAUAUAUCUACACCAUUUUCAAUGGUUACAUGAUAUCCUAUUAUAUAGUUAUACCAUAAUUUAUUUAAUCAGCUCUCUGUUGUUGACUUUUUUGGUUGCUUCUGAUUUUCAUUAUUAAAAAAAAAAUCCCUCUACACACAUUGUAUCUUCUUCAGCUAUUCCAUAUAAAGCAGAACUUAUGAACUUAUGUGUCAAAAAACAUGCAUAUAUUUCAUGCAAGUUUUAGUACAUGUUGCAAAUUACAUUCCUAGCAGUGUAUGAGAGUGUUCAUCUCCCCACUCCCACAAUGACAUGGAAUAUUUUCAUGCCUUUUUCUGUUUGCCACUCUGAUGGGCAAAGAAACGUUAUUUGUUAGUGCUGCAGGGAAAAGAUUGAUACGAGCUGUGUUUGUAAGAGACAGGGUUAACAGUAUACCAAUAAUCUGUUGAUAAAAGAUACAGAACGAAGCUGCUCAUAGGAAACAACU